AUUAUGGUUUUAUCGACGAGGGGUCCCAGUAAUAUUUCUUGAUCCAUGAGGAAAAUAUUUAGAACUGAUACCCAAUGCUGAACAUGGUGAUUUCAUGUCAGCAUAUCAUCGUCGUUUAACCAAUAAACAUGAACAAAAAAUAUUAAAAGUUGCUACAGUAUGGGAAUUAACAACAUCGCGUUUAUAUGUUCAUCCAUCAUCUAUAGAACAUGCAACAGAUGACAUAAAAUUUGCUGUUGAAUUUGCACGAAUUAAAACACAUUAUUUCUACAUGGUGCAUUCAUGA